AUGGCCGCUCUGGCGGCGACGGCAGACUUUGUGAACACGCCCACCACGCCAAUUACGCCCCACUUUCCAAAACCCUCGCCUACCCUGAUGGUUGUUUCCUCCUCUUCAAACUCACCCUUCGACAUCAACCUCGUCUGUGAUCGCUUUCUACGUUCCAUCUCCGACAAGGCGGCCAUUGACACGCUGCUCUACCUGCAGGGGUUCACAGAGCUCAACAAGUUCUUCAACAUGUUCGGCACACUGUUCGGCUUCGUGGCGAAGGACGUCCGCGACAAGAUCGGCAUCCUGGAGGCGUACCACGCCGACGAGACAGUCGGCCACCGCUACGUCACCGUCCAGUCGAUGAUCGAGUACGAGAAGGGGGAGAGUCUGCUGAUCGACAAGACCGGACGGCGGCCCUCGGGCGCCCGCACCCUGUUGCGCCUCCACCGGGCGCUGGAGUUCAUCUCCGCCUUCCUCCACGAGGUGACCAAAAUCGACGACCAGACGAGCACCGGCGGCUCGGCGAGGGCGGCCUACGGACGGACGCUGGCCCGCUUCCACCCGUGGAUGAUCCGCAAGACGGUGAACCUGGCGACGCUGGCGCUGCCCUACCGCCGGGUGCUCAUCUCCAACGUCUACGGGGGAGCCUUGCCGGAGGGCGGCGCCGGCGAGGUGAAUGAGGCCAUGUCGGAGCUGGCCAACAUCGCCGACCAGGUCUUUGGAGCGACGCAUAAGCUUUAUGAGGAGCACGAACUUCUUGAGUUGCCGUAG